GAGGUACUGGAACAUUCAAUCCUCCUUCAGAGGUUGUUGCUGUUGCACCUUCUUCGGAAGACUUGGCCACUUUGACAGCUGCAGCUCCAGCUUUUCCUCCUGGUGCACUUGGUUUUGAAGUCGAAGUAGAGGAAGUCAACGUUGAAGUGGCAUUGGAAGCCCCAGUCUCCAGUGCCACUCCCACCAUGCAGGCCAAGCGAUGUGCAGUUGGCUUCAUUUCUCCCGAAGCUUACUCGAUUCAAGUUGAGGGAAUGGCUGAUGAUGCUGAAGCUGAUGAUGUAGAGGACAUGCCUCGUCUCUUCAACCAGCACAAUCA